CACAUCGUCGCGUAUGAUUGAAGAAGCUGUCACGCAACACCUUGGAUGAAUCGACAUUGUUUCAUCUCAGUAGCUUAUUCAGAAAUAACACGUGAAUCCGUAUUAGUCAUCUUUACUUAACUUGAUUAACCGCUUAUUAUAAUACCAUGCUUGAAGAAGUGCCUACACAUCAUUUUGACUGCACCCACACUAUCUCAUAUUACAUUUAAACACGUAUAAUCAUGUUAAUUAGUCAUCAUAUAUUUACUCAAUUAAAGCCCUUGAAUGACCGAUCUCAUUUUAAAGCUCAACACUAGAUUAGUAAGUAUAUUCCUUCAGUUCAUUGUGUAUGCACACAUAUACAAUUCGUGAUAAAGCAAUCUAUUCUACGUGUGCGGGGGCUAUCUUCUCUCUCAUUUUUAUGCCUUCUCACUAAGACACAAUUUUUGAAUUUCACGGGCUGUCGUCGACUUCUUCUGGAACAGGCGGUGACUCUCGUUUUCCUUUGUCUUUUCAUGUCCUUUGUCGCUCUCUCCUUCCCUCUGUCUUUUGUAUUUUGAUUUUUUGUUGUUUUUCUGCUCCUUUUCUUGCAUCUAGCUUUGAUUUUCUUGUUUGGUUUCCUCCUUUUUGGAUCCUCUUCCACCCUAAUGGUGAUGUUUUUCCAAUCUCCACGAGGAGAUGCUUUUGUGCCUCACCAGAUCCCAUAUCCGUGUGGAUGUGUUUCUAGUAGGUGUUUGAGGGGACCAAUGUUGUCGCUCGUUUGCUUCUCUCCGAUCCUCCAUCUACCUCCACAUGUUUCAUCCAUAAAAUGGAGAUGAUUCGGAGAUGCAUGGACCUUGGUUGUACUGGAUGAAGAUUAAUGGGGCUUGUGAGCAAGGAUGACACUCUUGAGGAAGGAUCUAGCCGAAGGCUCAGAGUGGCAAUGAUUUGGUCGACUUUCCUCUGACCAAGGCCUUGGAUUUCCCCAUGGUUUACUUGUUUUGCAGGUGGAUCUAUCUCUGGGAUUGGUUCCUCCCAAUCGAGGUUUUUUAAUUCCCCCUUUAGGUCGGCUCGUCAACUGUCUGGUGGAGCCUUUUAUAUUUGCAACUUUCAUCGCCUCCUCUGUGGUUCCCGGCGUGUGACCACGUGAAGGCAGGAAGGUUGUAUUCGGAGUGCUUUUGGUGGUCGGGGAUGCAAUCGACAACCAUGUCCUUAGUGUUUUGGUCGGCGGUUGUAGGGUUUGUUAGGAAUAGGCUUGUCCAUGUGUUUGGAUCGGGGUUUUGGGCUUUAUGACUAUAUUGUCGAUUUAGUGGCACGCAAUACCUUGCUUAUUCUUUACUUUGGACUAGUUUGGUCGUGUUGUACGUUUCGAGAAAAUAACUUAUGACUUGAGGUUUUAGAAGGAGGAAAUGAGCUAAGUGUUUGUCUGAAUAAAUAUUAGAUGUAAUGUAAAAUGACUAAUUUUUUGAUAUAAAAUAUAAAUAAAGCUACACAAAAUGAAUAUUUUUAGAAUUAUGUUAUAUUAAACAAAUUAUUUUAGUUUUAAGAUGAUAUAAAUGAAGAAAAAUAUAUUUAUUUAAAUUUUAUUUAAAUGAUAAGAAUAUUCUUUUAUUUUUUCAAAAUAAAGUUUCAUCAAUGGUCUAAAUCGAAGCUUAUACUUUAAACUUUUUCAAAAAUCAAUCUUACAUAGACAUCACUCAAUUUGCAGUUUUUUGAAACAGAAAACCACAACUAAAAAUCGGACCAAAUAUAAGCUUUAUUAUAUUGCUGACUCAAUCAUUGUAAUUAUCCCUAUGAUAAUCCCUUCAUGGUCGACCAUAUCUGUGAAAAAUCUGGUUAGAUCAGGUCGUUAAGCCUCAUUGUUUAAGGAGGUUCUUAAACCAUUUUUAUUGGCUGAUACUAGAUUAGGUAGUUAAUGAGGGUUAGUAGUUAAUAGUUAAUUGGAAUAAAUAAGAUAUUAUAAAAAUAUAAUUAAUAUUACUCAUUAAUGAUCCUCUUUCUCUCUCCCCCUUGAUCUUCUCCAUAACCCUCUCUCUCUCCACUACAAUUAAAUGGAAAUUCGAAAUUAAUUUAAUUAAAUAUUAUUAUUUAAUAUUUAAUAAAUUCGCACUUAUUAUUUUUUACUUUUUAAAAUGAAAAUUGAAAAUUAAAAAUAUAUGCUCUCUCUCACUUCGUGGCAACUUGCAAUACAAUAUUAACAUUUUGCAAUGACAUUAUCCACAUUUAUGAAAUGAAUCAUUAUUAUUAGGGUUAAUACCCUAGUUUGGCCCGAAGUUUGGCAUUAGUGACAGUUCUGACCUUAUUUUUCAAAUAAGACAUUUAUGGCCUACUUUUGAAACUAUUGGACUAAUUUGGCCAAAAAUUUUCUUUGACCGUUAAUAUUAACGGUCAAACACUAUUCCGUUAGUGACUCAACACAAAAUCGCUGAUGUGGCAUGCCACAUCAUUAAAUAAUAAUAUUUUAAUUUUAUAAUUCAAUUAAAAUAAAAAUUAAGAAAUUCCAAUUCCAAACCUCCAAACCCUAAACUGAAUUAAACAUCCUCAUGGAAGCCCAUUUUAAAUUUGUCUCCUUCACCUUCAGAUCGGAAACCCAUUUUCUUCCUAACUGUAUUAAGAAUUUGUCUCGUUCACCUUCAGAUCGGAAUCAAACAUCCUCGUGGAAGCCCAUUUUCAAAAAUGACGACUCAAACGCUCACCGAACUGCUAAGCGCGUCGCCCAUGAGUUCCCCGACCGCCACGCCCCAUCCCAUUUGUUUCCGGCAAACUCGAUCUCACCCACCUCUCGCCUAGCCGCGGUCGGCAUCGUGGUCGCGCUCACUUUCCCCAACACCGUGAUUCGAGUCAGAGCAACAGCGGCGCCGCUCAACGCCGCCUGCACGGCGAAGGAAUUCGAGUUCUACCUAUCGGACUCGGAAUCCAAGCGAUUGCUCACUUUGUGCGAGGGAAACACGGCGGCCGAAUCCGCCGCUUCGAAGCUCCAAGUUCGCCACGCCACUGCAGCUCUCUCCGCAGAAGAUUCUAAGCUCGCGCUCUCUCUUCCUCCUCCGUCUGCGUCAAGAGCCAGCUCGCCGGACCGAAGUAGCAGGAGGGAGGCGCCUCCUGUUGACGAUGAUGUUUGAUUCAGUUUAGGGUUUGGAUUUGGGGCCAAUGGAUUUUGGGAUGAUAACAGGGGAAUUGGAAUUUCUUAAUUUUUAUUUUAAAUUAAAAUAAUAUUAUUUAAUGAUGUGGCAUGCCACAUCAGCGAUUUUUUGCUGAGUCACUAACGGAAUAGUGUUUAAUCGUUAAUAUUAACGGUCAAAGAAAAUUUUGGGCCAAAUUCGUCCAAUAGUUUCAAAAUUAGGCCAUGAAUGUCUUAUUUUAAAAAUGGGGCCAGAACUGUCACUUACCCCAAACUUCGGGCCAAACUAGGGUAUUAACCCUUAUUAUUAUACCUCAUCAUUAUCAACAUUUAUUAUACCUCAUCAUUAUUAAUUCACUUUUGAUAAUGUCAUAAACAAACAAAUAUCUAACAAGUAUGCUUCUUGAUAAUGAUAUUUGACAAAGUUACAAACAUAAACGAAAAAAUAUUAAUAAUUCAAAUCACUAAACAUAAGCAAUCUUACAAAUGAAUUAAAUUUUUGCUAAUGGUUGUAUUGUGCUUGGAAAAAAAAUUGAUAAUAGCACUUCAAAUGAUUAUAAAUCAUUGCGAACCAAAUUGAUAAUACGAUGUAAUAGUAAAUAAACUUCAAGUACCAACAAAUUGAAAACACAAUUUCACUUUUGCUAAUGUUACAAACAAAACAUAACAUAAAAAGUUAAUAAUGUCAUAUAAAAUUAUUAAAAAACAUGUCGAACAACAUUAAUAAUAAAAAAAACGAAUACCUAACAACGAAAAAUCUCAAACCCAUACAAUAAAAAGCCCUAAUGAUGAUUCAAUUUAUAAAUAUUGAUAAUGUCAUUACAAAAUGUUCAUACUUAAUACUAAUCGGAAGUUGCCAAGUUGUGAGAGAGGCAUAUAUUUUAGAUUUCAAAUUUCCAUUUUAGAAAACAAAAAUUAUGAAAUUCGGAUUUUAAUAAAUAUUAUAUAAAAUUAAUUUCAUAUUUCUUUUUAAUUAUAAUGUAGAGAGAGGGUGAUGGAGAAAAUCAUGGGAGGAGAGAGAAAGAGAAUCAUUAAUUAAUUAUAUUAAUUUUAAUUAUAUUUGCAUAACCCUAUUUACCCUUAACUACCUAUUAACUACUAAUCUCCAUUAACUACCUAAUCCACUAUCAGCCAAGAGGAAGGCUUUAAGAUUUUCCUUAAAAAAUGAGCCUUAAGGACUUGAACUCAAGCCAAUAAGUUUGAAAUUUUUUAUCAUAACUAUCUUUUGAACUAUUUUCUUAUUUAGCGUUUUCAAAAUUUUGGGCUACGAGCUUAAUAUAUUAUAUGUAGGAACUUGGUAGAUAAUGACUACAUAACCUAAGAACUAAGGUAUUUUUUCCAAAAGAUUGAGUUGGGAGUUAAGGAUUAAUGGUGGAAUAUUCAUUUUGUUUGAGGGUUUUGUUUAUGAUGUGAUUGUAUGAUUGAAUAGUUUGAUUAAACUAUUAAAUUUUUUCGUCAAAAACAAAGUUAACUUCGAAAAUGACUACUGAAAUUAAAAAUUAUAUACUAUAUACUAGAAUUAAAACUAUAUGGGAACCAUUUUGUUAUGACAUUUACCAACCAAAAUAAGUCAUUUACUAAAAAAUACGAAAAAGAAAAAAUAUUCACGUUCUUCCUAUCAGGAAGGGAGUUAUUAUAGGAAAACCCUAUUGGUUGGAUUAUAAAAAUUUCAGCCAACUGACCGGCUUAAUAGCUAGUUUGAGUAAAAUUAUAAGUAAAUU